UUGGACUAAUUUCUUCAAUAGAAUCUGAAAAUGUCGGAGCUCAACAGUCGGCGUGGAGCGAAAGCGGAAGCUGCAAAAGAGAGCCGCCGUUGGAGGGCUCCACUUACACUGAGUUAGUACUAUAAAUAUCCUCACGCGCAAGGCCAUCUCUGUGAUCACUACAAGUUCUUUAGUACAACACAAGAAGGAUUUCGUGAAGGAAGAAAACAGAAAAGAGAUGUCGAGCACAUCUGGUCAGGUCAUACGAUGCAAAGCUGCGGUGGCUUGGGAAGCAGGGAAGCCAGUGGUGAUCGAAGAAGUCGAGGUGGCUCCACCACAGGCAAAGGAGGUCCGAGUGAAGAUCCUCUUCACUUCCCUCUGCCACACUGACGUUUAUUUCUGGGAGGCCAAGGGACAAACACCCGUCUUUCCUCGAAUAUUUGGCCACGAGGCAGGAGGAAUCGUGGAGAGCGUAGGAGAAGGGGUGACGGAUCUCAAACCAGGAGACCAUGUCCUCCCUAUAUUCACUGGGGAGUGCAAGGAGUGUGCCCAUUGCAAAUCAGAGGAGAGUAACAUGUGUGAUCUCCUCAGGAUCAACACUGAGAGAGGUGUAAUGCUCAGUGAUGGAAAGUCGAGGUUCUCUAUCAAGGGGAAACCUAUAUACCACUUCGUUGGCACCUCCACCUUCAGCGAGUAUACAGUGAUCCAUGUUGGCUGCCUCGCCAAGAUCAACCCUUCUGCUCCCCUUGAUAAAGUCUGCCUCCUUAGUUGUGGGAUCUCUACAGGUCUUGGUGCUGCCUUGAAUGUUGCAAAACCCAAAAGGGGUUCAACAGUUGCUGUUUUUGGAUUAGGGGCUGUCGGUCUUGCUGCUGCCGAAGGGGCAAGAAUUGCAGGGGCUUCAAGAAUCAUAGGUGUUGACUUGAACCCCAGGAGAUUCAAUGAAGCCAAGAAGUUUGGAGUGACGGAGUUUUUGAACCCGAAGGACUAUGACAAACCAAUUCAAGAGGUGAUUGCGGGGAUGACAAACGGAGGAGUAGACAGAAGUAUCGAGUGUACCGGCAACAUCAAUGCCAUGAUAUCUGCAUUCGAAUGUGUUCACGACGGUUGGGGUGUUGCAGUACUGGUAGGCGUUCCGAGCAGAGAUGACCAAUUCAAGACCCACCCCAUGAACAUUUUGAAUGAGAGAACUCUCAAAGGAACCUUCUUUGGCAACUACAAGCCCCGUUCUGACAUACCCUCAGUUGUCGAAAAAUACAUGAACAAGGAACUUGAGUUGGAGAAGUUCAUAACUCACGAAGUCCCAUUUGCAGAGAUCAACAAGGCCUUUGAGUACAUGCUACAAGGAGAUAGCCUUCGAUGCAUCAUUCGCAUGGGCGCAUAGAACCAGGCCAAACGAGGUUUCAGACUUGCAUUCUCUAGAAAACCUGGUUUCCUAAGCAGCAGUUGUGUACCAUUAGUCUUGGUUUGGUUUUGAUUUCAGAGUUAAUGGAGUAUAGCAGUUUUAUGGCGUUUGGCAGUUGAAACAUAUAAAGCAUCUUGUUUAGUACAAACUGUACAAGACUUCCUGUUUGGGAAGAGGUAAUGUAAACUAAUAAAAUGCGUGGAAUGCUAUAGCAAGCAAUGCUGUUGGAAAUUAGAAGUUAGAACAAGCUCACGGUUGUAUCAUUAAACAGAUAUAUGGUUGAAUGGAGAACCCAUCUCCAUAUCUACAAAGGAAGUUUUUUUUUUCGGUCUA